AUGUAUGCACGGCUUAUGGAUGAAGACAAGGAUGAGGAUGGAGAUGGAGGUGAGCCUGAGGCUGAUUGGGAGGACGAGCCAUAUUCUUGGAAGCGAGUUACUCGCCCCUCGAAGAAUCUUGUGGAGGGUGGGGCCGAGUCCAAGAGCAAGUGCCGGAAGUUGAUGAAGCUCGUGGACGAAGACAAGGAUGAGGAUGAAGACAGAAGUGAACCUAAAGCUGAUCAGGAUGGUGGGCGAGAGGAGAUGAGUGCGAAAAAUGCGAAGGGAAAGGAGAAGGAAGAGGACUUAGAGGAGGAGUUUGCUGACGAGGUGAAGCUAAUCGAAACGUAUGCACAGCUUGUGGACGAUGAUGAGGAUGAGGACGGAGAUGGAGAAUCCCAUGGAGAGAGCAAGGUCGAGUUCAGGAGCAAGCACAGGAAGCCGAUGAAGCUCGUGGACGAAGACAAGGAUGAGGAUGGAGAGGGAGAUGAACCUGAGGCUGAUUAG